UUAUAUCUCAUUUAACUAGAGAGUGGUAGUAAUCGAGUCGCAAACGUGUCGGUAUAUCCGUUUGCUAGAUGCGGGAAGUCAACGCUGGCUGGCUGGCUGGUUCAGGACGUGAUAGUGAAAAAUAUCGUCGGAAGUGACUGGUUUGUGAAUCGCAUCGAGGCGAGAGCAGGGCGGCAGUACGGCGGCGGCAGGAUGUCGAACGUGGAGAACGUGUGCCCGCAGGUGCUGCGCGGCGUGUCGCGCGAGCUGCGGCGGCUGGCGGCCAACCCGCCCGCCGGCGUCAAGCUGGUGCUGCGCGACGACGACUUCACCGACGUGGUGGCGCACAUCGACGGACCCGCCGGCACGCCGUACUGCGGGGGCGUGUUCCGGGUGCGGCUGGCGCUGGGCGCGGGGUUCCCUGCGAGCCCCCCGCGCGCGUUCUUCGUGACGCGCAUCUUCCACCCGAACGUGUCGCCGGCGACGGGCGAGGUGUGCGUGAACACGCUGAAGCGCGACUGGCGGCCGGAGCUGGGCCUGGAGCACGCGCUGGUGGCGGUGCGCUGCCUGCUGAUCGCGCCCAACGCCGAGUCGGCGCUCAACGCGGAGGCGGCGGCGCUGCUGCGCGACCGCUACGACGACUACUUCGCGCGCGCCAAGCUGCUCGCGGACAUACACGCGCGCCCCGCCGCGCCGCGCGCGCUCGUUACAGGACGAAGUCGCUGCGGAGGGCGGCCCGUGCGCCAAGCGCGAGCGGCGCGGCGUCGCGGUCGGAGAACCCAGCCACAGAGAUAUCGAUGCCGAAGACGGGGACACCGGCGCGUCCGCCACGACCACGACCACGAGCACGAGCACGAGCACGAGCACAGGCACGAGCACAGGCACGAGCACGGCCGCGAGCACGGGAAGCGCAAGCACGGGCACGAGCACGAGCAGUGCGCGGCCGGCGAAAGACCGACGCCGCAUCCUGAAGCGGUUAUGAGCGACGGGCGGCGGCGGAGUCUCACACGUGGCGAUUCAUUCGCGUCGCUAUGA